AUGGGUGUCCUGUUCCGCUACGAUGACAGCGGUGACGAUAUCGUAGCUGCACCUGUGCGACGAGCCGGGGGAGCUGGGGUAUGGCGGUAUGAUGAGACAUCGGACUAUGGCAGCAGUGAUGACAAUGUUUCUGAUUCUGAUUCCGGAGAUGUUGAGUGCCUAGGUUAUCCUCUUUGUCGAACAGCCUGGCUACGCUUCUUGGGCAUUGGCAAGGAGAGGCUCAACCGAACAAGGAAGCGGUACCGGGGGAUUGAUGACCGCACCAUCAACCAGGGCAACACUGCACAUCCAGCGAUCCAAACUGCUUCUGUCCAUGCUUUCUUUGGACACAUGUGGUGGACAGCUGGUGAGAGCAUGCCCACCAAGUUUGAAUCUGAGCCAACGACCAGUGAGCACAUGAGGGAGCAAUUGCUCCAACGCUUGGUGGACGAGAGGCUUUUGGGGCCUACCCGGCAGGAUUUCAAAGUUCACGCAGAACUUUGCGAUGAACUGCUGGGGCACUACUCAGCCCAAUGGGCUGACCGGCAGGUGUACUGGAAGGUCAUGCUGUCCUUGCAGAAAGUCUGGAGGCGUUGCAGGGCCACCAGCACUUCCUUUCCGGGGGAGUUUCCUGGAGUUGUCAUCCCUGGGGUUUUGGAUGGUCUUCCACAUCAAGGUCAAGGAUUAGAGUUGGAUGAGCGGCAACCGAGGGCUUGGAGAACUCAGGAUGGGUCUCGGGAUGUGUUCUGCAUGGUGAAACAAGCCAUGAGUUCCACGCAGCUUUGUCAGAACCCGCUUCUGGUUUGGCCAGCUACAUUGGGGGCCCAGUCCCAAAAGAUGCUUGAGGAUUGCAACAGCCCCACUUGCCCAAUUCAGGGGUGUGAAAUCAGCGACGAUAGGAUUGAGGAACUGAAAUUGCUACGGGAGGCUAUUUCACGGGACUUCCCUCACAUGAGAAGGACUGUUGCAUGGUACACUGGAAUGAUCGAUAAAACCAGGGAUUCCUCAGUGCGACCAAUUUCUUUGACUUUUGUGCGGCACAACACUGCACACGAUUUAGAUAAUGUGAAUGUUCAACUUGGGCAAAGACCUGUGCCCCCGAAACCACAUGAACUCCAAGUGGUGUUUCACCGGGCCAGGCUUUGA